CUGCAUUUGAGAUUGUCCAUCAUUAAUAUCAGUCCACCACCGCUCCAAAAAGGAUCUCGCACAAUGACAGUACGAGUGACAGAUGCCGAAAUUCGAUCCUCCUCAACGUGGAUCGUCGGGCACUACGGGGCUAGGUAUGGGGUCUGCAUAACCGGAUCCUACGUUGUCAAAUUCGGGCCCGCCGUUCAAACUUCACGCGAGAUCAUGGCAAUCGAAUUCGUUCGACAGAAAUGCCCGAAUAUUCCAGUUCCAGAGGUCCAUGGGACUUGGGAGGUCGACGAAGACGAUGGGGAAAAGACAGGCUACUUCGCCAUGUCUGUGCUACCUGGAUCUUUACUCCGUGAUCUCUGGCCCACAAUAACUGACAGCGAGAAAACAACGGUUCUAGACGAUCUGGCGAUAAUUCUAGCACAACUACGAUCUAUUCAGGCUCCAGAAGACUCCAUAAUUGGAGCAGUGGACGGCAUAGGCCCGGCUGCCGAUCUCAGAGCCAGUGGCGCUGAACUUGGAGGUCCCUUUCCCUCAGAGUGCGACUUCAACGAAUGGCUGGUCUCCCUUAUCCACCCUGAAUCACGACAAUAUUUCUCCGAUUUCUUUGUCCAAACGAUUCGCAACUGCCUCGUGGGCCUAGGUACCCAUCGGAUCCGAUUUUCGCAUGGAGACCUAGGAAUGCAUAACAUCCUGGUGGAAGGCGGGAGAAUUACAGGCAUAAUCGAUUGGGAGUACGCCGGCUGGUACCCUGAGUACUGGGAGUACGUUAAGAUGGUCCAAUUCUCAACAGAUAAGCAGUUCUUGUGCUGGUGCCAGCAGUGUUGGGAGAUUGGUGGUUCGAAGGUGCGCUAUGACGUGGAGUUCGCGGUGGACAACAUGCUAAACAGCCAAGUCAGACAUGGGGAAAGAGUUAUCAAACGACCAAGGUAAUUUAUUAGUCAAGAUACAAAAGUAUCAAGCAUAAGUGAAGAGUGAAGAGGGAAGAAUGAAGAGUGAGGAGUGAGGAGUGAGGAGUGAGGAGUGAGGAGUGA